AAGAUUCAGUGAUUUUUUGAUUUUCAAGGAAUUAAGUGGAAAUUUUCAAAAUUAUUUGUUGAAAUAUACGCUUAAUUAAAAUUAAAUAUAAAAUUUGAAAACGUAAAGUGAAAUUUAAGCAGAAGUAACAAAAAGAAUUGUGCAAUUAAAUUAAUAAAAUAAAAUUAUUAAAUAAUUUAAUUUAAAAGAAGACAAUUAAAACAGUUGAAUUUUAAUUAUUAAAAAUAAAUUGAAUAAAUAAUUAAAAAAAAAAAAAUAUAGAAAAAUGAAUUUCAUAUUUGUAUUUUUGAUUUGCAUUUUAAUUGUUUUAAUUGAAUCAGCUCCAGCGAAUAAUGGCAAGUAUAUAAGACAUCGAAAUGAAGGAAAAUAUAUAGCGACAAACGAAGGAAAAUAUGUUCAUAAAAAAUAUCCUUAUGUUCAUGUUCCUGAUUACCGUGAACUUGGAAUAUAUAAGCAUAUUCAUAUUCCAUAUGAUGGAGGUUAUGGUCCAUAUUCCGGUUUUAAUAUCCCAUAUAUUCAUGAUGGCUUAGGAGAUUUCAGUUCAUAUUCAGUAAGUAGAUCUGAUCAAGAUCAUCCUUUCAAUAAUCAAAUAUAUGAUAUACCUGUGCCUGAUGUACUCUUGGAAUAUGGUUUUCCUGAAAUAUCUUCAAAUAUCCGUUCCGCAAAAAAAUCUACAAUUAUUGAUCCUAAUAUUGAAAUUCCCGAUUCACCUUCAUCUUUAUAUUUACCUUCAUCUUCAUCUUCAUCUUCACCUACUACUACUACUACUACUACUGAAACUGAAAAAUUAAGAUCCUCAACUUCUUUAGAAUACCUUCCUUCCCUUAUAGAAAAUAUUGAUAAUAAUGAUAAUAAUAUUAAGUUAGUUAUUUGCCCGCGCAUGCGUGUAUAUAAAACUAAACUAAAAAAAAAAAAAACUAAAAAAUUAUUAUCCAGAAUUUGUUACACUUUUUGUGAUUCGCAGACUACUACAACACCAAAACCAACUACACCUAGAACAACGACAACAACAACACGCCGUCCAACCAAACCAUAUGAUGAUGAAGGAAAAUGGAAAGUUAUAUACCAUGAUCAAGAAAAGAAUCAAAAGAAAUAUGAUUUUUCAUAUUUAACUGAGAAUGGUAUUUAUCAAGAGGAACAAGCAAAUACAAAAAAAGAAACAGGAACUAAUUCAAAAGGCUAUUAUGAAUAUAUUGGUGAUGAUGAUAAAGUUUAUCGUGUCUAUUAUAGUAGUGGUGAUCAAGGUUUUGUUGCUAUCGGUGAUCAUAUACCAACAAUACCACCAGAAAUUAAAAGAGCUUUAGAAUAUGUUGCUACUAAAAAAACUAAAACUAAUAAGAGUAGUAAUAACUCUGGGGCAAAUAACUAAAAAUCAUAAUAUACACAGUCCAAAAUAAAUCAUAUACACUGAAAAAAAAAAAAAAAAAAAAAUAAAACAUAAAAAAUUUCCUUCCAAAAAUGUAUUAAAAAACUCAUAAAAAAAAAAUAGAAAAAAAAUAAUAUGUAAAAUAAUUUUUAUUUUUAGAAAAAUUAAAAUUUAAAUUAAAAAUAUUUUAAUUUCUUUAAUGAAAUUUUAAAUAUUUUUAAAUGAAAAAUUCAAAAAUGUAAAAAUGGUAAUUUUAAA